UAUAUAUAUAUAUAUGACAUGAAGAGCGAGACCAACAACAAAGCGUGGUUUGCGCUACUUCUAGAGAGAGAAAAUUGUGGGGAAUUUGAGUGAGAGAGAGAGAGGGGGUGUGAAGAGUAGACAGACGUUUGGUGAGAGUUGUUAAUGGCGAUUGCGUGGAUGAAGUGCAACUUUUGAGGAAUAAGUGGCAUUUGCGUCUUUGGAAACGAAGAGUGAGUUAAUUUUUGGGGCUGUUCUCUUUCUUGGUUCUCUGUGGUAAUCGUAUUUCAACGAGAGAUAUAUAGAGCUAUUUUGAAGGCGAUCUCUGUUCAGGCUGUGUUUGGUUUUUUUGGUUGCUGAAGAAAUUUUAAGGAAGUAGAAGAAAUAAUUCAGAUGGAGUGGCCUUCCUAUUUAGAUGAAUAUGAAAAGCUCGUCAUAAGAAUGACAACUCCAAGGGUCAUGGUCGACAAUGCUGGUUGUGCCAACGCAACCCGGGUCAUGAUCGACAGUGCGAGAAAACAUGAGAUUCUUCUAGAGGCCGUUCAGGUUCUCACCGAUCUGAACCUUUCAAUUAAGAAGGCUUACGUUUCCUCUGAUGGAAGGUGGUUCAUGGAUGUUUUUCACGUGACUGAUAUACAUGGGAACAAAUUAACGGAUGAGAGCGUCAUAAACUGCAUUGAAAAGUCACUUGGCACAAUCCCAUACACUGAAUCGAAAUGUGUCAAAGGCUUGACAGCAUUAGAAUUAACGGGAACCGAUAGACUCGGUCUUCUAUCAGAAGUUUUCGCGGUGCUAGCUGACUUGCAAUGCAAUGUUGUUGAUUCCACUGUGUGGACUCACAAUGGCCGAAUUGCUUCUCUUAUAUAUGUUAAGGAUUGUGGUUCAGGGUCCCCAAUUGAGGACUCUCAGAAGAUUGAUAGAAUCGAAUCCCGGCUGAGGAAUGUUCUUAAAGGGGACAAUGAUAUUCGAAGUGCCAAGACAUCCAUUUCCAUGGCAGUCACUCAUACAGAGCGGAGACUUCACCAAAUGAUGUUUGCGGAUCGCGAUUAUGAACGGAAGCCCAUAAUCAAGACCAAUGGUGAUUCCCCUGUUGUCACCGUUCAAAAUUGCUUAGAGCGGGGUUACUCUGUUGUGAACAUUCAGUGCAAGGAUCGAACCAAGCUUUUGUUUGAUGUUAUAUGCACAUUGACUGACAUGCAAUAUAUAGUCUUCCAUGCCACUAUCAACGCAGCUGGAGAUCGAGCAUAUCAAGAAUUCUUCAUUAGGCACACAGAUGGAACCCCAAUAAGCUCAGAAGCCGAAAAGCAGCGUGUGAUUCUCUGCCUACAAGCCGCCAUUAAUAGAAGAGCAUCCGAGGGUGUACGAUUAGAGCUAUGCACUGGUGAUAGGCAAGGGCUCUUGGCAGAUGUGACACGAACCUUCCGGGAAAAUGGUCUGAAUGUGACAAGGGCUGAGAUAUCCACUACAAGUGAUACGGCUCUAAAUGUCUUCUACGUAACGGACACAAUUGGAAACCCAGCGGACCCUCAGAUCAUCGAGGGCGUCCGACAGAGAAUCGGAUUAAGUAGCUUGAAAGUGAAGGAAUUGCCAUUGAUCCAUCAUCAAAAGGCAGAAAGGGAUGAACCCACAGUUGGUGCUGGUGGGGCCGUUUUGCUAUCACUUGGGAGCCUGUUGAGAAGGAAUCUGUACAAUUUGGGAUUGAUCAGAUCUUAUUCUUAAAAAGAGGGGAGUGAAAAGGCAAAAUUGUUGGGGGGAGUUGGGUUGUGUUGUCCACCCCAGUUGGCAUAUAUACUUUGCUUGAGAGUUGGGCAUGUGUACAUAAGAAUAGUGAGAGAUUAAAGAGUGUGAUUUGGUGAGAUUAGUUGUUGUUAUAGUUGGGGCUUGUUUGGUUGAAUAGGUAGACACAACAUAUAGAUAUGGGGGGCCACUACCCACCAUUAAUUAUUAAAUGGUUUGUAUUAAGAAGGAAUUUGAAUUAGAGGUGAGGGAAACACAAAAAAAGUAGGUGUUUGGUAGUAGUUAGUUGUGGUUGGUUAAUGUAUUAUUGGUUGUUUGCUGGCUGGCACACAGAGGAAGAUGAAGUUUAGGUAGAAAAUUAAAUUGGUUUUACACAGCAUACAUUUGUACAUAAACUAUUUUUCUUAGUAUUAGUACCAAUGGUUGACUUCAUUUUUCCUGUU